AUGCAAGACCAUGGAAUGGUUCCAAUUGAUGAAACAACACCACCAAAGUCAACAAAAAGAAAACCAUCCACUACAAAGAAGCUAACACAAGAAAACAACACAAAAGGGGGUUCCAAAAGAAGCUCUAAAAACGAAGCGCAAAUCUUCCAACAACAAGAAAAGUCAACAACUUCUGAUUCUUUACCCGAUUCUUCUUCUACUGGUAAUGAUUAUCGAUCCCUGAGACGCAAAUAUUUACUUUUAGAAGAAGAAAGCUUUAAUGUUGGAAGAGAAACAAAAGAGAUUCAAGAUGCUGUUAAAUCUCUUGAAGAGGAAAAACUCUCACUUUUAGAUGAACUUGUUGUGUUGGAAGGCUUAGUUGACCCUUCAGAUCUCAAUGCCAAUGGUCAACGUUCACCAUAA